AUGAACAAAACUUAUCUAGAGCUCAAAGCUGGUAAAUGGGUAUCUUGUAAUAACUAUUACUGGAAAAUUGCAGAGUUAAGAAAAAUUAGAUUAUGGAAAAGUAACUUUGAACUUGACAUAUCUCUUGAUAAGGAUAUUAAAGAGUGUACCAUUUUCGAAGCGGAAUUGCUGGGUGUUACUACAAAGUAUUUCUUUCCAAAGGCUGAAUACGCAGCCAUUAAAGUCAAGAAUGGCGAUAAGGAACUAUGGGCAUCCGAAAACCGUACGUAUAAAAAGGGAGUAAAGGGACUACUCGAUGGAUAUGACGAUUACUGUCGCUAUUGUGUCAUUCAUAAAAAAAGGGGUGUAGAAGUAUUAAAGGUCACUGUCGUGGAACUCCUCUCAACGAGACAUAAAUGCUUUGAAAAGAAGAAUGGUGGAUGGGUAUCCAUCGAGAAGAAAGACUAUGAUAAGAAGAUAGAGGAGAUGACUGGAAUUUCGACCGUAAAGAUUUCUGAUCCAGCUACCAAAGUGCAAACGAAUACUCAGGACUCCAUCAAUACCGCUCUAGAGUCCCUAAAACCUACAGAAAAAGGUUCUUCUACUACUACUCCACCUCAUCAACCUGAGUCUUGA